AUGGAGAUGAUGGGAUCAUCAUUGGGAGUUAACCCUUCUGUGGGUUAUUCUUCUUCUUCUGCCUAUGAUCCUAUCAUAAAAAUGGUGAGAUUAGCUAGUGCUCCAACCGCUGAGAAGAAGAUGGCUGACAUGGAGGGCAGUGCCAGUAGUCCGAUGGAUACUGAGAUUGCACUUAAGCAAUUUGUGGUUGCUGGUGAAAAAACUUUCAAAACUCCAGGCAAAGCUGGAGAUGUCAUCUUCAAUAUGCCGAAUGACGAAGAAGAAGAAAUGAAGAAUGAGAAGGGUGUUGAGAGUCUUGGUUCUGUAGCCAAAAGAAGCUUGCAAGGGCUUCUGGAACUGGAAGACCUCCCAGAAUCAAGCAGUGUCUCAACUGAGGUGGAAGCAGCAAAGGAAGUCCUGGCCACUUGGGCUUCUAGGCCUUUGACAUUGCACAAAGCUAUGUGGAUAUGUAGGCCAUUUAUGAGGCCAUAG